AUGGCGCUUGGCGGCAGGGUGGGUUCCGCCAGGCGGAAGUGGAGCAAUAGCAGUACUGGACACUACGAGGCGCUUGGCGGCAGUGUUGGUUCCGCCAAGCGGGAGAAGUGUUGUAGAGGCUCUGGAAGGAGGUUGGUGCCAAGUAAAGAUGUGCAACAAAAAUUUUUAACUGAUUUGCCUCUUUAUAAGAGUGAAAAUGGACUCUUUGGUGAUGAUUUUGCCAAAGAAUCAAGGAAAACCACAGCCCCAGCUCAAUGGUGGAAGAAUUAUGGGCAUGCAGCUCCUAACUUACAAAAGCUAGCAAUCAAGAUUUUAAGCUUGACAAGUAGUUCAUCGGGAUUGGUUAAUGAGGAAGUUGAUGAUGAUAACGAUAAUGAAGAGGGAGGUAAUGAUUUGGUUUUUCAUGAUGAUCCCACUCUUAUUUGGGCAAUUAUUUAUGAAGCUUCAGGUAUUGGAGAACUAGUAGUUUAUACAAGGAGACAAGCAACUAAUAAAAGAAAGCAACCAUCAAGUGAUGGUAUUGUUAUUGGAUCUUCCCAUGCUUCUAAGAAAGGUCUAGGUGCAACUCCAACUCCAACUCCAACACAACCUAAGAAGGGUAAAGAGAGGACUCAAAUUCAAGUUCAAAAUGAAUUGCAUGAUAGCUCUGAUUCUGAGUUUGAUAGAUUACUUAACUUUGACAAGAUUCUCUCAGAAGGGGAAGAGGAGGAGGGAUAUGCCCCAUUGGAUGAUGACAUUGAAGACAAUUAUGUUGGAGUUGAAGAAGGAUAUGAUGAUUAG